AGACAAAAUCAUAGUCCGUAAUCGUGGAGGAUCGAACCCAGAGGUAUUCCAAAUCCCACGAAAAGCUCAACAACUGCACUGAGAAAACGCGAGUGUAAAAAAAAAUCACUCACCUUAACAAAUAAAUAAAAUUGAAAAAGAAAUACAUUCUGACAUUUACUGAUGGCUGCGAGCUUAAACUGCGCUGGUGCAAGUGUGUAGUAAUCGAGCAUCGAUACAAACUCAACCUUAUCUAAAUAUAAACUCGUUCGCUAACUCGAAACGAGAAACUGCAUAAUAGUGAUUGCCCUGUAUUUACAUUGUAUUAGCAAUCGAUCGAUUUUCGAGUGUUGAGUUCGAUCAAAACAAACCCAUACCCAUACCCAUAUCCGCACCCGCCGCCAUCGCAACCCCCUACUAACCUCGAACACCUCGAAGACAUCGAAGACAUCGAAGAGCUCGAAGAAGGGGUUGGAGUGAUUUUCAAGUUAAAAUUCUGAAUAAGUUUAAAAAAUUGAGUGAAUCGGCUGUAUUUGGUUGGGACAAUUGAAAAGAAGAGAAAAAAAUAAUAAAGAAAAUUAAAAAAAAGCAAAAAUCGGGAAAAAUAAUGGUCGAUUUGUGGAGCUGCGCGCGUUUGUGAAAAUUGACGUGGGGGUGUGUAGUGGGGGUGGGAGGCCUGGCACAAGUGUGUGAGUACACGAAGUACACUACGUAAGUCAGUCGACAGUCUGCCGGCGAGCAGUGCAGACUAGGUGGGCAUUGCGCGUUAAAAUAAUUCAGUCGUGUGCCGCUAAUAUUUUCACAGCUCAAAGGUACAAAUACAAUACAACACAAAUUAUAACCCCUGUGAAUUAUUUUUUUUCAUUAAUUUAUUUUCAAAGGAUCAUUUCAUUGGAAUCAUUACCGUUAAAUCCAGUGGGAUUUAUCGAUCGGUUGAGACGGAGGGAAAUAAACAAUUUACGGAGGAAUAAGAGGCGAACCCGGGUUUACACCGGGUUACUAUCGGUAUACGCUUUGAGGAUUAUCGAUCGUAUUUGACCCACACGGACUAAAACUGUUUUUACGGACGGUCGAGUGGACUUAUUCAGUCGUACGAAGAGAUUUUGUUGGAUUUUUUUUUUUCGUUUUUUUUUGGCGGGGGGGUUGUUGAGGGUUUGUUGUUGGGGAGUGCGGUAGUUUGGAGUGGGGGAAGUUAGUGAAUUAUUGUUUUUUUGAAUAUUGAGGAUUCAGCAUGGCUGCCCCAGCAGCUUGCACAAGGUUCAGUGACAACUAUGAUCUCAAGGAGGAACUUGGAAAGGGUGCCUUCUCAGUGGUCCGGAGAUGCGUACAAAAAAGCACGGGCCUCGAGUUUGCAGCAAAAGUCAUAAACACCAAAAAAUUAUCGCAAAGAGAUUUCCAGAAACUGGAGCGAGAAGCGCGGAUAUGUAGAAAAUUGCAGCAUCCAAAUAUUGUGCGAUUACACGAAAGUAUACAAGAAGAAAACUGCCACUACCUCGUCUUCGAUCUAGUCACUGGCGGCGAACUCUUCGAGGAUAUUGUCGCCCGAGAGUUUUACAGUGAAGCAGACGCCUCUCACUGUAUACAACAAAUUCUGGAAAGCGUCCAUCACUGCCAUCACAAUGGAAUUGUGCACAGAGAUCUCAAACCUGAAAAUCUUCUACUCGCUAGUAAAGCAAAGGGUGCGGCUGUGAAACUCGCGGAUUUUGGAUUAGCUAUUGAAUUACAGGGAGACGCACAGGCAUGGUAUGGUUUCGCCGGUACGCCCGGAUACCUAAGCCCCGAGGUACUCAAAAAGGAGCCGUACGGAAAGCCAGUUGACAUCUGGGCGUGUGGUGUUAUCCUCUACAUUCUUCUUGUUGGUUAUCCACCAUUCUGGGAUGAGGAUCAGCAUCGGUUAUACGGUCAAAUCAAAGCUGGAGCUUAUGACUACCCGAGCCCGGAAUGGGACACUGUUACCCCAGAAGCUAGGAACCUCAUCAAUCAGAUGUUAACAGUGAACCCAAGUAGGCGUAUAACCGCCAGUGAAGCACUCAGACACCCAUGGAUCUGCCAACGUGAACGUGUGGCGUCUGUGGUACACAGGCAAGAGACUGUCGACUGCUUGAAGAAAUUCAAUGCAAGGCGCAAGUUAAAGGGCGUUAUAUUAACGACGAUGUUAGCAACGAGGAACUUUUCCACUCGAAGCAUUAUGCCGAAGAAGGGCGAUGGCUCUCAGGUGAAGGAAUCAACCGACAGCAGCACCACAAUCGAGGACGACGACGUCAAAGAGGAUAAGAAGGGCGGUGUCGACCGGAGCAGCACGGUCAUAGCCAAAGAACCCGAAGGCUAUGCGUCCCAGGGUACACCACCUUCCAGUCCCGCGGCGGGUGCGAUUAUCUCCAAGGUAAUGGGUGCAGCAACGGGGAACAAACAGGCACAGGCUAAUCCGUUAGGUCUUGCCGCUGUUCUUCUUCAGGGUGCGCAAGCUGGCAAUGGGAGUGGAAGCCGUGGAAGCAACAGCAGCAGUGGAAGUAGUGGAAGUGUCGCCAGCCAAAAUAGUCAGGGUGUACCAUCAGCAUCACCAGCUACCACCAGAGCCUGUGCCAGUGUCAACAGUGUGUCAAGACGAGAGAGUUCAUCAGCAACUGAUGGCUCGGAGAUGCGUGACCGACGUGGAAGCAUCGGCUACAAUCAGAUCAAUGCACGCCGACAGGAGAUUAUCAAGAUGACUGAACAGCUCAUCGAGAGUAUCAAUGCUGGUGAUUUUGAAGGAUACACAAAAAUCUGCGAUCCUCAUCUAACUGCAUUUGAGCCGGAGGCUCUAGGUAAUUUAGUCGAGGGAAUGGACUUUCACAAAUUUUACUUUGAUAAUGCAGUCCUGGGGAAAAACUCAAGUUGCAAGGCUGUCAACACGACGAUCCUCAAUCCUCAUGUUCAUUUACUGGGAGAUGAUGCUGCCUGUAUUGCGUACGUCAGGCUUACCCAAUAUGUUGAUAAACAAGGUGUAGCUCAUACCCAGCAGAGUGAGGAGAGCCGGGUGUGGCACAAGAAGGACAACAAAUGGCAAAACGUACAUUUCCACCGAAGUGCAGUGACAGGUCCCUCGCCAUUCUCCUACAAUAACAAAUAAAUCAGCAUUACCUGGCUCGCUCCAUUGUAUUCCACAACCAAGUUUUUAAGGAAUAGCAGAAAAUAUGCAUAGAGAAGAGAGAGAGAGAGAGAGAGAGAGAAAGUGAGAGUGAGUGAGAGAGUACCAAGAUGAAAAUUGGUAAAAUGAAGGGAUGAGAAUGCAGAAUGAAAGGCAUGAGAAAAUGAAAAGAUAAUAGGACAUUUUCCGUGAGGUACUUAAUUAAAAGAAAUUUCUGAUUACCUAGAGGUGGGGAUUUUUGCGACGGGGUGAAUUAUUAAUAAUUUAUUUGUUCCUCUUUGAGCUCAAUGGAAAUCGUAAGAGGAAUGAGAAUUUUAAUGAAUUAAAUAUCCAAUUGAGAAAAUUAGUGGGCGGUUAAUGGUCACUUUUCUUCUACUUUCUACGUGUCGAUCUGACGAUUUAAUCACAAAGAGAAAUUCUGGAAUAAUUAAUUUACUUGAUAAUAACUCGAAUCUCACUUGAAUGAUUAUAACUGGCUGAUUAAUGGGAGUUUCUAAUUGAUUGUUUUAUCUUUUCAACGAAAAGUCGGAUGAAUCAUUAAAUACUAAACGAAGUCUGCUUACGAUUUUAUUAUUAGUUAGAGUAACAAAUUUAUCUAGAGGGGAGUUGAGGUAGAAUGGUCUUUUGAGGGUUAUUGGGAAUUGGGGCCCUAUCGAGCCUUAAUAUCGACCAAUGUGCCAUGUAAUGAAGUCUUAUGAUAAUUAAAGUUUUAGGGUCAUUUGGAGUUGGGGGGAGGAGGUUUCCAAAUCAUUUAAUCUGUCGGUUACUUCAACAACUUGGUGUUACUCAAGACUGCAGGUGAUUAAUAUGAAUGGACAAACAAUUGGAAGAAUUUCAAAGAAUUUUGAGAAAAUAGUUGGAAAAACUCUGAACUAGUUCAAUGAAGAAUGGAAGAGUUAUUAGAUCAUAAUGUUGUUGAUGGAGGAAGAAAGAUGAAUUGAAAUAAUUUUGGAUUUCUUAUUUUGCGAAUAUCUCGAAAACUACUGGAUUUAUCGAAAAAUGUCACAAGACAUUGCCUUCGAAAAAUAUCUUUGACAUAUUCGUCUAAACCCCUUCUCUCUUGUGAUAUUUUCAAAAUAGCAAAAAAAAAACACCUCUCCACUCAUCUUCUCUUACAACUUCGCUAACCAAUCGAAUUUAUUCAAUAAAAAAAUAAACAUAGCUCAGUCGAACAUAUCGACACAAAUCAUUCGCGCGUCACUCCGAUGGCAUCUGAAAAAAGCUCCACACAACUUCAAAACCGAGAAUAAAAACGAAUGGAACGAAAUAAAUCACUGAAAAUUCCUCACGACAUAGUAGAUAAAUUAAUGAAUAAAAAAGAAAAAAGAAUAAAUUACCAGCCUGCGCACGUAUUUCUCUAAUUAUUUUACAUCUAAACCUAAAUUAAGACGAUACAAUCAAUAAAAAUUUAGUAAAUUUUGUCAGUUGGAGUCAUUGAUAAAUCUGUUUUUAAUUAAUGCAAGAGACUUAUGGAGAUAAAAAAAGAGAUUAGGAUAAAAUAUUCCGGGCCCACUUUUAUCGUCCCACUGAGUCACAUCACUGAUGUUCCUUCCAGAGAGGUUCAGGCUUGCUAGAUCUGUCCGCCUCUGCAUCGCCAUCUCCCCCUUAUCACCCCAAUUUAUUCAUUUUUCAUUAAUAAUACAUAAUUCAAUGAAAAAUUGAUAAUUAAGUGAUGUUAAUGUGAAAAACAGAUGAAAAAUAAGCAAUCACUGAUAGAGAGCACCUCUUGAUAAUUAAUUAAACAAUCGAUAAUAGAACUUGUGAGAUGAUUAAUGUUGCAUGGCGAAGCAAGGCGAGACAAUUUUUCAUAAAUUACUAUUAAAUUAAAUUAAAUUAAACAAGAUGAAUUUAAUGUACAGAACAUUCUUCCAUACUUAUAUUCACCUUCUGAUAGUCAUGUUAAUGAUUAAUUGAUUAAUCGCAUUCGUGUGUAAUGUAUUGAACAAGGAUCAAUGGAAAUAUAAAUAAUGCUUUACUGAUCACUCAUCAUGAAACUUUAUAUACAUGUUAUGAUUUUCUAUAGGAUACUCUUGAAAAUUCUGUAGAACAUGUCCAUAGAAUUUGUUGUUUUUUUUUUCACUCAGCAUUGUAAGACAAAUUGUUUAUAAAUUUUCUUUGAUUCCUUCGUUACUACAUACCUCAAUGGUUGUUUCUGCGAAUGUCGAGUCUUGAGGAAAUAAUGUCCUAGUGGGAAAAAUGUUGAGUUAUAGUUUAAUUAAAUCGAGGGAAAGAAUUCAGAUAAAUUAAUGAAAAAUCAUUUAAUAAUUCGCGCUCUCUGUCGUGUCUCUCUUUGCAUAGUUAAUGUUACAUGCAUAAUAUAUAAAUAUUCGAUCGAAUGAAUUGAUAACAAUGAGAAUGGGCUAACACUGGCGUUGAAUCUCUCUUGCAAAAUAUGAGAAUAUAAAUGAAAUAUAAAUAUAAACAAAUCCAUGUCAAGGGAAAAAUAUUAGGAUGAAAUCAUUGAUUGAAAAACAUUUUUAUCGAAUUUACCUUCGUUAUUUACCAUUGAUGAAUAUUUCUACACGUUCGUACAUUCUUCAUAGUUGUCACGAGUAAACCUCAAUCUAAUGAAAAAAAAAAUACAAAAAAAAUAAGAAAAAAAAAAUUAAAGAAUAAAUUAGAGUAAACACUUUUGCCAUCGUAUUAUACAUAUAAAUAUUAUAAAUGAUUCAAAAAGCAAAAAAUUUAAAGAACAUUACUAAGAAUGGAGAUAUGAUUUAUUAUAUUGCAGAUAUAUUACUAUAAUAUAAAUAUGAAAAAUAUGAAGGAAAACUUGAAAAAAAAAAUGAUUAAUGAUAAUUAAUUAAUAGUUAUUUCUACUACUCUAUUUCAUCGCUUCUCUACGUGUGAUUGUUGUAUAAAAUAAUUAUUAUUUAUUUCCAAAUUUUUCUCAUUACGAAAUAAACGUUUAAAUAAAACCAACAUGCGAUGAAUUACGUUGAUUUAUAGUUCAUUAUUUUUAUAUUUCUCCGGAUGGAUGAAGCAGCUUUCCACAUUAUUAUAUCUACGGAAUUAAUCAAUGAGUUUAUAUCUUCGGAUAUAAUAUUGAAUAAAAUUCAACAUGAAUUAAGGAUAAAUGGAAAAAAGCUAAUAAAAUCGAAUGUUCUCUCCAAGCUGUAUCAAUUGCAGGUGUUAUCCAAGAAAUAUUAUUGUUGGCUGUCUCAUCUACGUUGAAAAUCCUCAUAUCUCAUCGAUCCAACCUGGACAAAUGUUUUUUUUAUUGAAGUAAAUGUGGCACGAUGUAUAAGAAAGUGUUCUCAUAUAAAGGCAAUUGUUCCAAUUUCUCGUAUUGAUUUCAGUUGAUUGUCAUAAAUCGUACAGUGAAUUCUCUUUCGAUUAUGAAAUUCUUCGCAGUUUUCGUGGUAAUUGCAAUGGUAGCAGCUGCUGUUACUGGACAAUGCGUGCCAAAUGGAGGAAACAUUGGAUCAACAUGUGAGCAGGCAGAUCGAUGCUGCUCUCGUCGUUGUUGGUUCGGGAGGUGUUUCUAGACAGAAUCGUUCAGACGAGAUAAAAAUUGUUCGCUUUGGAGUUAGAUGGCGAGCAGAAUAUUUUAAUUAUAAAAUAAUGGACUGAGACAUUUUUGAAAAUUAGCAAGCGAAGGAUGUAUCUCAUAUUGCAUGUUCAUUUAUUAAUGAUUCUUUAUACAAUUACAAAUAACAGAAUAAUAUAAUCUCACUGAAUUCAUCGUC